AUUAAACCAUCCGUUGUGACACAUAAUUGUACGAUGAAGAUUUUAAUAGGAAUAUUUGUGCUCGCCGUAUGCUGUACACAAAAUAUCAUUGGGAAUUCCAUAGCAGCUGGACAAUCGUGCCCCUGCCCAAGAAUCCUGAGACCAGUUUGUGGCUCCGAUAACGUUACCUACGCCAACGAUUGCAUUUUUAACUGCACCAGGGACUCCUAUGAAACAAUUGAUAGAAACCAGAUAUUCAUAGAUUAUCAGGGAGAAUGCACUGAAUCUUGUAUUUGCACAGAAGAAUUUGCACCUGUAUGUGGCAGUGAUGGGAAAACUUACUCUAAUGAAUGUAAAUUUAACUGCACGAACAAAGCUCUCCCAGUAACUAUUGAAUACAAAGGAAAAUGCAAUGCGCCAUGUGUCUGUACGAAAGAAUAUAAACCAGUUUGCGGCAGCGAUGGGAAAACUUAUGGAAACAAGUGCAUGUUUGAAUGCGAAAAGAGAAGGUCAUCCAAACAAUUAACGAGCACUGAAGGUAAAUGUGGGCCUUGCAUUUGUACAUUGAUAUAUGCGCCAGUGUGUGGAAGUGACAAAAAAACGUACAGCAACCAGUGCGUCCUGGAUUGUCAGAACAGAGGUCGACGUAAAGAAGAAGUUAUCAUUGUUGAAAGUCAAGGUGAAUGCUCGCCACCCACUUUUUGUCCUACAGUAUAUUCUCCUGUAUGUGGAACAAAUAACGUCACCUAUUCAAAUGAAUGUCUUCUCGAAGCUGCUAAUAACGAAAACAAUGGUAGAAAACAGAUAUUUGUAGAUUAUCAGGGAGAAUGCACUGAAUCUUGUAUUUGCACAGAAGAAUUUGCACCUGUGUGUGGCAGUGAUGGGAAAACUUACUCUAAUGAAUGUAAAUUUAACUGCAAGAACAAAGCUCUCGCAGUAACUAUUGAAUACAAAGGAAAAUGCAAAGUGCCAUGUGUCUGUACGAGAGAAUAUAAUCCGGUAUGCGGCAGCGAUGGAAAAACUUAUGGAAACAAGUGCAUGUUUGAUUGUGAAAAUAAAAAUAGAGAUUUUAAAAUAGAAAGAAAUGGCGAAUGCCCGAAGACAAACAUUUGUAUAUGUCCAGAUAUUUACAAACCAGUUUGCGGCAGUGAUGGAAAGACGUAUUCUAACAAAUGUCAGUUUGAAUGCGAAAAGAGAAGGUCAUCCAAACAAUUAACGAGCACUGAAGGUAAAUGUGGGCCUUGCAUUUGUACAUUGAUAUAUGCGCCAGUGUGUGGAAGUGACAAAAAAACGUACAGCAACCAGUGCGUCCUGGAUUGUCAGAACAGAGGUCGACGUAAAGAAGAAGUUAUCAUUGUUGAAAGUCAAGGUGAAUGCUCGCCACCCACUUUUUGUCCUACAGUAUAUUCUCCUGUAUGUGGAACAAAUAACGUCACCUAUUCAAAUGAAUGUCUUCUCGAAGCUGCUAAUAACGAAAACAAGAAUAUAGACUCUCAUAUUAAAAUAAAGAGCCAAGGUGAAUGUACAGCUGCUUGCAUAUGUCCGCAAUAUUUUGUCUACCAGCCAGUAUGUGGCAGUGAUGGUAAAACAUACACUAGCCAAUGCGAAUUAGACUGUGUAAAUGCAAAACGUCCAAUUCCACUUACGUCCACUGUAGGUGAAUGUCGCGAGCCUUGUAUCUGCUUACAAAACUAUGCUCCGGUAUGUGGCAGUGAUGGGAAGACUUAUGGUAACACAUGCGAACUCAAUUGUAUAAACAAAGAACGUAAACUUAAAAAAGAGUCACUUAUUAAAAUUGACCGACAAGGGAAAUGUACGACAAGUAUUAUUUGUCCCUUAAUUUUUAGCCCAGUGUGUGGUUCAGAUGGCGUAACUUAUUCAAAUGAAUGUUUCCUUAAUGCUGCCAGCCAAGAAAACAUUAAUAAAAGACUUUCUCUAAUUACUAUUCACAGCCAAGGUGUCUGUUCAGCUCCUUGUGUUUGUUCCAAAAUCUACCAACCUGUAUGCGGUAGUGAUGGUAAAACCUACCCUAACAUCUGUCAGUUAAAUUGCGAGAGAAGAGACCUUGAACAGAAAGAACAUCCGCAUAUUAUUGAUAUAGUUGAUGGUGAAUGCCCAGGUUCUUGUACUUAUCCAGGGAUUUAUGAGCCAGUUUGCGCCAGUGAUUAUAAUACUUAUUCAAGUCAAUGUCAGUUAGACAUAGAAAACAGAAGGAGAUCAAAUAACGGGCAACCACCUUUAAGGAUAAAUAAUGGAGGUGAGUGUGUUGAGCCAUGCGCUUGCAUACUACUUUAUUCUCCAGUGUGUGGUGACGACGGUCUGACGUACGGCAACAGCUGCCAACUUAAUUGUAAAAACAAAGAACGUAAGCGUAAAAAACUGCAUACUAUUAACAUAGCUAGUCAAGGUGAAUGUCCGAAACAUGUUAUUUGUCCCAAAAUUUACAGGCCUGUGUGUGGCUCUGAUGGCCUUACCUACUCGAAUGAAUGUUUCUUCAAUACCAACAGCAAAAGAAACGCUAAGGGAAGUCGUUCUUCCACAAAGAUUAAAUAUCACGGUGAGUGUGCACCUGCUUGCAUUUGUCCAUUUGUCUACCAACCUGUGUGUGGUAGUGAUAAAAAAACAUACUCAAGUGUAUGCGCAUUGAAAUGUGAAAACUUGGAACGCAAAGCAAGCCAUAAACCAUUACUCACAGUAUGGAGUGAAGGUGAAUGUCCUGACUCUUGUUUUUGUCCAGCUGUUUAUCAGCCCGUGUGCGGUAUUGAUAACAAUACAUACUCAAGUGCUUGCAAUUUAGGAUGUAUUAACAGAGUUAGGAAAAUACGAGAGCAAUCGCUUAUCAAAAUAAAAAGCCAAGGCGAGUGCCCUGAAUCGAGUGUAUGUACCGCUGAAAUUCGGCCAGUUUGCGGCAGCGAUGGAAACACUUAUUCAAACGCAUGUCAACUUGAAUGUAUUGAUGAUUCUUGUUUCUGUCCGGCAAUCUAUCAACCUGUAUGUGGCAGUGAUGUUAAAACGUAUUCAAGCAACUGCACUUUAGGGUGUCUUAAUAGAGAGCGAAAGAGGCUGGGUCUAACGCCGAUAACUUUUACAAAAAAUGGAGAAUGCUCUGACACAUGCAUCUGCGCUACUGUGUAUCAACCAGUAUGUGGAAGUGAUGGAAAAACCUACCCCAACGAAUGCGAAUUAAAUUGUGAAAAUGACAAAAGAUGCACAAAUGGAUUGCCGUCUUUAAAUAUUACAAAAGACGGCGAAUGUGAGGUAGCGUGUGCUUGCCCAUUCAUAUACCUGCCGAUUUGUGGUACCGAUGGUGUAACUUACCCAAACGAAUGCACACUUAAUUGCACCAAUAGAGAAAAUGUAAAGAAUAAACAACCUGAAGUAUGUGUUGCAAGUGAAGGCGAAUGUGAAGAUUCGUGUUAUUGCUUAGCUAUUUAUGAUCCAAUAUGUGGAACGGACAAAAUGACUUAUCCCAACCUAUGUACAUUGGAUUGCAAAAAUGAAGCAUAUAAAAGAUCAGAUCAACAGAAAGUUGAAGUUGCACAUAAGGGCGAAUGCGGAGACCCUUGCGAGUGAACAGAAAUAUCUACACACACAUAUAUUUGUUUAGGUCAUAGUGAAAAAAAAACUAUUGUGUAUUAUUUUUAUUUUAAUAUUUGAGUCCAAGCUUCACUAUUUUUCUUAUUAUUUUUAAUCAACAUGGUAAUGUAA